GGCGCGUCACGUGACCGAGCGCCGUUGCCGCAGCGGCUCAGCUCUUGUUGUCUCCUGUCACCGCGGACAGGGGAGUAGUCUUGUUAUCACCGCAGGCUCGGAGAGGUGAUUCUAUCUGACCAUGGGGAACAGAGACGAUGAAUACGAUUUCUUGUUCAAAGUUGUACUUAUCGGAGACUCCGGAGUGGGGAAGAGCAACCUGCUGUCCCGCUUCACGAGAAAUGAGUUCAACCUGGAGAGCAAGAGCACCAUCGGGGUGGAGUUCGCCACCCGCAGCAUCCAGGUGGACGGCAAGACGAUAAAGGCUCAAAUCUGGGACACAGCUGGACAGGAACGCUACAGAGCCAUCACCUCAGCGUAUUACCGGGGUGCAGUCGGGGCUCUCCUGGUUUACGACAUCGCCAAACACCUGACCUAUGAAAACGUUGAGCGCUGGCUGAAGGAGCUGAGGGACCACGCUGACAACAACAUCGUCAUCAUGCUGGUUGGAAACAAGAGCGACCUCCGCCACCUCAGGGCGGUGCCCAGUGACGAGGCCCGAGCCUUUGCAGAAAAGAACACUCUCUCAUUCCUUGAGACGUCAGCGUUGGACUCCACAAAUGUAGAAGAAGCCUUUAAGAACAUUUUAACAGAAAUCUACCGCAUUGUGUCACAGAAGCAGAUAGCGGACAGAUCUGCACAUGAUGAGUCUCCAGGCAACAAUGUGGUGGACAUAAGUGUCCCGCCGACUACCGACGGGCAGAAGGGCAACAAACUCCAGUGCUGCCAGAGCCUGUGACUCUCAAACCCAUGACACUCAUCCUCUCCUCCACAUCCACGCUGACAUCACAUCACCUGUGCACUUUCUGUUGCCGCAGCUCUGCUCACGGCCAACUCCUUCAUCACUCUGUAGUUUUCUUUCCUCCUGUCAUUGUUUUUUGUAUUUUUCUUUUGAACUCAUGCUCUACCUUCUUGCCCUGAAAAACAAAACAUAACGAGAAGCCUUUAUGUGACACGGUCAGUCGAGAUGUUCAUGGAGUCAAUGUGAAGGUUCCGGUGAUGAAGGAACGAGUCUGACAGAAAACCUGGGAAGUUGUUUGAACUCUACUGAAACGCUGUCAUGCACAGGGAGGUUGUGACGUACAUUUCAAUGGUUACCACUAGAUGGUGCUGCGUAAACGAACCACAGGCAGUUGCUCCAACCUGGAGAAGCAGUAUUAUUCCUCUGUGGCAGUGUGGUUCUUAUGUCUUCUUAAAUCAGUUAAAAUGCCAAAUACUCAUGAGGUAUUUAUUGAAGAAUACUUGGCUUAAUUUGUCACUGUUUUACUUUAAGUGUAAGAACUGCAAAAAACAUUUGCAAUAAAAUUCUUGACGAAAGA